AUGGAGCAGGAAGCGCCCGCCAAGACGACGGAAGGCGCGCAAGAGGUGACCCUCCGGCCGUUCGACCUCGCCGAUGUCGACGCCAUGAUGGCGUGGGUGUCGGAUCCGGAGGUCACGGCCUUCAUGACGUGGGACCCCUACACGUCCCGCGAAGCUCUGCUCGCGUUCCUCCGGGACGUCGCGCUGCCGCACCCCUGGUUCCGCGCCGUAUGCCUCCCCGGCGGCGACCGCCCCGUCGGCUCGGUGUCCGUGUCGCCGACGGCGGACGCGUGCCGCGCCGAGCUCGGGUACGUGCUGGCGCGCGCGCACUGGGGCAAGGGCGUGGCCACGGCCGCCGUGAGGCGGGCGGUCGCCGCGGUGUUCGGGGAGGUAGAGGGCCUGGAGCGCCUGGAGGCGCUGGUGGACGUGUGCAACGUCGCGUCGCAGCGCGUGCUGGAGAAGGCCGGGUUCCGGCGGGAGGCCGUGCUGCGGAGGUACUGCGUGGUCAAGGGCGCCGUCAGGGACAUGGCCAUCUACAGCUUCAUCUCCACGGACGCACUGCUCGUUUGA